CUUGAUCAUAUAUAUAUUAGAGCAAUCCAUCAAGACUGCUAUCCCAAGUAUCAUAACUUUUCUUUCAAGUAAUAAUAGAUCAUAUAUACUCAACUCAAUAAAUCAGCUUUUCGAAUACUUUCAGAAGGCAAAAUGACGAUGAUAGAGAUGAGAGUACAUAUGGAUUGCGCCGGAUGCGAGAGCAAGGUGAGAAGUGCUUUACAAAAACUAAAAGGUGUGGAUGAUAUUGACAUAGACAUGGGGUUGCAGAAGGUGACAGUAACAGGAUAUGCAGACCAGAAAAAAGUUCUCAAGACAGUUCGAAAAACAGGAAGGAGGGCAGAGCUAUGGCAAUUACCUUACAAUCCAGAGCACCACAGCCUCUCAAAUCAUUAUUAUAAUCAACAUGAAGUUAAUGGUCCUUUAAACUAUUAUGCUCCUCAGCCUUCCUCUUCUUACAACUACUAUAAGCAUGGAUAUGACAGCAGUGAUUAUGGGUAUUAUCGUCAUCCUGUUCAGUCUUCCAUUUUUAGCCGCCAGUCUGGCUCAACUUUUAGCGACGAGAACCCUCAUGGUUGUUCUAUCAUGUGAUGUGGUUUUAUACAAGAAAAUGUUGUUAAUAAGAGCUGGAUAUAUAUGUCUAUGCACUUUCUCAUUUGCUCCUUUUAUUUUCAUUGGAGAACUGUAUGGAGAAAGAAAUUAAUAAAACCAUAAGCUUGUAAAUUUGAAUUUUUAGUAUGACUCUUGCUGUAAGGAACACAGAUAUGAUCAGGAUGGAAGUUUUGAUUAAUAAAUCAAUCAACAGAUACUUUUAUUUUA